AUGGUCACGCUGGACAGCUUGUACCACAACCUAAAGCCCAUCAAAUACAAAAACUCGACGAUACCAAACGUUAGCAAAGCAGACAUUUUAGGCGUGACUUUCGACCGACAUCUCACCUUCAUCUCACACUCCGCCCGGAUCAAAAGAGAAGCUAGGAGCCGCACCAAUCUUUUCAGGUUGCUUGGUACCGGCUCUCAUCGGGCGUCCCGGCAGAUACUACUCCGCAUCAUCAACUCCUGGCUACUCCCGAAACUACUCUACGGCAUCGAAAUAGUGUCCCGAGAACGUUCUAAUCUCGAGAAAAGAAUAGCUCCGAUCUACCAUACCGCCAUCCGCUACGCAACUGGGGCAUUCGUUACCAGUCCCAUAGCAUCCCUGCUCUGCGAAAGCGGCCUUCAACCACUCGACCACAUCAUCACUUACAAAGUCAUAGCAGCAGCAGCGAGAAUGACGGAAAAAAACAUGAAAGCUACAGCCCUGACGACAAGAGCACACACCUACCUCUCCGAACUGACGCAACAACAAAUCCCAUCAGUUACCAAACUCGCCCAAAUCGGUAGUCGCCCCUGGUACUGCCGCCCACCAAACAUCGAUUGGACCAUCAAAUACAAACUCCGAGCCGGCUGCAAUAGCAUCAUCGCCAAACAACAUUUCGCCGAACUACUUCAACGAAAAUACCGGAACCACCACCUCAUCUUCACCGACGGCUCAGUGCUCAACGGCACAACCGGAUGUGGAAUUUAUUCCACGCUCGACAACUGUGCCAUCCGACUACCAGAUCACACCUCCAUCUACUCAGCCGAAGCGAUAGCCAUGCUCAUCGCCACCGAAGAAAGCCUACAACACAACAAACCCAACGUCAUCUUCACCGACAGCGCUAGCGUCCUUCAGGCGCUAGAAACCGGAACCACCAGAGACCCUUACAUCCAGCAUCUGUCAAACACACCACAAUCACCGAAGGUCUCGUUCUGCUGGAUCCCUGGUCACACUGGCAUCCAUGGAAACAAAAAAGCCGAUCGUCUAGCCAACGAAGGACGAAACCAUGCACCAAGCUACGACAACAAGCUCUCCCGCCGUGACUACAUCCAAUGGAGCAAAGCCAUCAUCGCAAACAACUGGAACACCACUUGGCUCAGAAACACCACCUCAGCCCUGCGACUCAUCAAAGCCACGACCACGCCAUGGGAAGACCCUCCAUCCCAUCAAGACCAGAGAAAACUAUCCCGCCUUCGCAUCGGUCACACCCGUCUGACCCAUGGAUACAUCACCGAGAAAUCCAGCCCACCACUAUGCAGCUUCUGCGGAGUGGUCAUCACCGUUCAUCACAUCCUCACCACCUGCCACGGAUACUCAGCCCAACGUACAAACUGCCAAUUAGAUACCAACAUCGACAGCAUACUCUCACCGGACAGCAACCAACAGAAAAAACUACUACAAUUCCUUAAAACCACCGACCUCUACGAUGAAAUAUGA